CUUCGCAGGGAGCGCUCCAGAGGCCUUGCAGGCUGCUCUCCUGCCCGCAGCCUGCGGUCUGUGCAGGCAAGUUUCCACGCCGCCUGUGAGAGGUCUGCGGGGCGCCAGCCGCUCGGCGCCUGCGCGGACGGCGGACGUCCGCCACCAUGACAGCGCCCUCUGGGGGCCCGGGAUCUUGGAGUGAAAAUAUACUAGAGUAUUUUCUGAGAAAUAACCAGAUUACAACAGAAGAUGGUGCUGAGAUCAUCUGGUAUCAUGCAGCUAACCACAAGGCACAAAUGAAUGAAGCACUGAAAAGUACUGCUCACAUGAUAGAAGCUGAUGUCCUCCUGCCAGAUGAUGGAUCAGAGGACUGCCAACCAAUUAUGGCCCAUCCUCCUGAAACAAACAGUGAUAAUACCCUACAGGAGUGGCUGGGUGAAGUUACAAAAAGCAAUAAAGGCAUCAAGCUGGAUUUCAAGAGUCUGGCAGCUGUAGAACCAUCCAUGAUGCUCUUGGAAAAUGUGAAGAGGCAUCUGAAGUGUCCCGUAUGGAUUAAUGCUGAUAUUCUUCCUGGUCCAAAUGGAAAUAGCAAAGUAAUAGAUGCAAAACCAUUUAUAGAUACUGUGACAUCCUUCUUUCCAGAUGUGACAUUAUCUCUGGGUUGGACAACAGGAUGGCAUCCUGAGAAAGUCAAUGAAGGAUACAGUUGGACAAUGGUGAAAGAGAUGGAAUAUAUAUGUAAUGAACUAAAUCAGCCUGUAACAUUCCCUGUGAGAGCAGCAUUAGUCAGGCAGUCUUGUUCUCAGUUACUUUGGCUGUUGAAGAAAUCAAACAGGUACAGCCUGACUAUUUGGACUGGAAAAAAUGAUAACUAUUCCAUUGAAGAUUUACUUUAUAUUAGAGAUCAUUUUGACAAAAACCAAGUUUUCUAUGACAUCUUGGAACCACAAAACCUUCAAUUUAAACAAGCCAUUGGAAUCAAAGUUAAUCUCUAAGAAGAAGAGUCUUCCAAAUUAUUUUCUGUGCUUUAGUUUCAUAACCCUUCUCUGCAUUGGUCUGAAUUAAUUAUCAUGUAAAUUAUGAUUAUAGGCUUAGGCUCCAAUUCAUCCAAUCAGGAAACAUUCAUUGUGUUUUUACUCUGUGGGCAUAUGUUCUUAUAAUAGUACACAUAUAAAAGAUUUGGAAAGGAGAUUUCAGUGGCCUAGUCUAAUCAUAAUUUAGGAAAAUGAUACUCUGCACCUCUUUAUAAAAAGUAACUUUGAGCCUGAGCAAGAACAAUAUCCUGUCUUUACUAAAAAUAGAAAAAUUAGCUGGGCAUUGUGGUGCACCCCUGUGU